UGCUGGGGAAGCCGGAUCGCAGGGGGGAGGCAGGCAGAGCCCGGCCCUGGCUCCUUUAAGAAGAUCCGGGGAGGAGUGUCUGUGUCCCCAGCUUUUAUCCGGAGCGUCUGGAUGCUGGAUGGAGUAAAUGAGCGCAGGGAAGGGAAGGGAGGAGAGCCCUGAACCCGGGGCUGGGGGAGCCUGCUGCUGCCUGCCGGGGCUGGGAGGAAGAUGGAUGCUGCCCCCAAACUCUUCAGCGCUUUGACUUUGCUCCUGGUCGGCUCCUGGCACCUGGGAUCGACAGCCAGCAACUAUAAUUGUGAUGAUGCGUUAGUAUCUUCGUUACCUCCGACAGCUUUUGACAGCUCCUCAGAGUUCCUGAACGCUCACAGCCCCAGCUUUGCAAAGCUCAACAGAAGGGAUGGCGCUGGUGGUUGGUCCCCACUGGAAUCUAAUCAGCAACAAUGGCUCCAGAUUGAUUUGGGAGACAGACUGGAGAUUGCAGGAGUUGCCACCCAAGGGAGGUAUGGGAGCUCAGACUGGGUGACAAGCUACACUCUCAUGUUCAGUGACACAGGACGCAAUUGGAAGCAGUACAGACAAGAAGACAGCAUCUGGGUCUUCAUAGGGAAUACCAAUGCAGACAGUGUUGUGGAGCACAAAUUUCUGCACUCGAUGAAGGCCCGCUUUCUGCGCUUCAUCCCUCUGAAGUGGAAUCCCAAUGGAAGAAUAGGGCUGAGAGUUGAAGUCUAUGGCUGCUCAUACAAAUCGGAUAUAGCGGAUUUUGAUGGCAGGAGUUCCUUACUGUACAGAUUCAAUCAAAAACUGAUGAGCACCUUCAAAGAUGUGGUUUCCCUGAAGUUCAAGAGCAUGCAGGGAGAUGGAGUCCUAUUCCAUGGAGAAGGACAGCGUGGAGACUACAUUACUCUGGAGUUGCAGAAAGGGAAACUCUCCUUACAUAUUAACCUGGGAGAUGCCAAGCUGCGUUUCAGCAACAGCCACACGUCCGUCACCCUGGGCAGCCUCCUGGACGACCAGCAUUGGCACUCUGUUCUGAUUGAGCGAUUCAACAAGCAGGUGAACUUCACGGUAGACAAGCACACUCAGCAUUUCCGAACCAAGGGGGACUCGGAUCACCUGGACAUCGACUAUGAGCUCAGUUUUGGAGGGAUCCCGGUCCCAGGAAAGCCAGGAACCUUUCUGAAGAAAAAUUUCCAUGGAUGCACUGAGAACCUGUAUUACAACGGCGUCAAUAUAAUUGAUCUUGCAAAAAGGCGCAAACCGCAGAUCUACACCGUGGGCAAUGUGACUUUCUCCUGUUCUGAACCACAAAUCGUUCCCAUCACCUUUGUCAGUUCCAGCAGCAGCUAUUUGCUGUUACCCGGCACUCCCCAAAUCGACGGGCUGUCGGUCAGCUUCCAGUUUCGAACGUGGAACAAAGACGGCCUGCUCCUAUCCACCAUGCUGUCUGAAGGGUCUGGAACUCUCCUGCUGUCCCUCCACGACGGCAGAUUGAUGCUCGUCAUUCAGAAAGCGUCCGAAACCUUGGUGGAGAUCAAUGAAGGCAGCAAUCUCCAUGAUGGGCUGUGGCAUUCAGUUAACAUCAACGCCAGACGAAAUCGCAUUACCCUGAUGCUGGAUAAUGAUGUUGCUUCUGCGACCCAUGCAACCACGGCCUCUCCGAUCUUUUCUGGGGACAGCUACUACUUUGGAGGGUGCACUGACAAUUUCACUGAUUCCCAAUGUUUAAAUCCCAUUACUGCGUUUCAAGGCUGCAUGAGACUCAUCUUUAUUGAUAACCAGCCCAAGGACCUCAUUUUGGUUCAGCAAGGUUCCCUGGGGAAUUUCAGUGAUUUACACAUUGAUCUGUGUGGCAUCAAAGACAGAUGUUUGCCAAACUACUGUGAACAUGGAGGGAAAUGCUCUCAGUCCUGGACCACCUUUUACUGUGAUUGUAGUGAAACGGGUUACAUGGGAGCUACCUGCCAUAACUCCAUCUAUGAGCAAUCCUGUGAAGGCUAUCGGCACAAAGGAAAGACAUCUGGUUUCUUCCACAUUGAUUCUGAUGGAAGUGGACCACUUGGACCUCUCUGGGUUUACUGCAAUAUAACAGAAGAUAAGAUCUGGACUGCAGUGCAACACAACAACACCGAGCUCAACCGAGUCCAUGGAGCCAAUCCUGAGAAGCCGUAUACCAUGUAUUUAAGCUACAACGGCAGCAUGGAGCAGCUUGAAGCCAUGAUCAACAGUGCCGAACACUGCGAGCAGGAGGCGGCUUACUACUGCAAAAAGUCACGUUUGCUGAACACCCCAAAUGGGAUCCCAUUUGCUUGGUGGGUUGGCCGUGCCAACAUGAAGCAUUUUUACUGGGGAGGUUCUCUCCCUGAAGUCCAGCAGUGCGCCUGUGGACUGGAAGAAAGUUGUCUGGAUAUGAGAUAUUUUUGCAACUGUGAUGCAGAUAAAGAAGAAUGGGCCAACGACACCGGCCUCCUUUCCUUCAAAGACCAUUUGCCUGUAACUCAGAUAGUGAUCACUGACACGAACCGGUCAGAUUCUGAGGCUGUCUGGAGAAUCGGUCCACUGCGUUGUCAUGGAGACAGGCAGUUCUGGAACGCUGCAUCCUUCAACACGGAGGCCUCCUACCUGCUCUUCCCCCCGUUCCAUGCCGAGUUCAGUGCAGACAUUUCCUUCUUCUUCAAAACCACGGCUGUAGCUGGCGUCUUCUUGGAAAACCUUGGGAUUAAAGACUUCAUUCGAGUUGAAAUAAACUCUCCUAAGGAGAUCACCUUCUCUAUAGAUGUUGGAAAUGGUCCUACUGGGAUCACUGUGCAGUCUCCCACUGCUCUGAAUGAUAACCAGUGGCACUAUGUCCGAGCGGAGAGGAACCUCAAGCAAACGUCUCUUCAAGUAGACAACCUUCCUAAGAAGAUUCUUGAUGCACCUGCAGGGGGAAAUUUCCGUUUGCAGCUCAACAGCCAAUUAUUUGUAGGGGCCAGAGCUUCCAGACAAAGGGGCUUUCUAGGUUGCAUCCGGUCAUUACAUUUAAAUGGGCAAAAACUUGACCUUGAAGAGAGGGCAAAAAUAACCCCUGGUGUCACACCCGGGUGCCCGGGGCACUGCAGCAGUUAUGGUAACCUCUGCCACAAUGGAGGCAAAUGCGUGGAGAAGUACAAUGGUUCGUCCUGUGACUGCACCAACUCUGCUUAUGAAGGACCUUUCUGCAAGGAAGAGGUUUCGGCGCUGUUUGAAGCUGGCACCUCCAUUACCUAUGUUUUCCAAGAACCUUAUCCAGUGACAAAAAAUGCAAGCACUUCAUCUUCCGCCAUUUAUGCAGAUGCGGUUAUGUCGAAGGAAAACAUUGCGCUUAGCUUCCUGACAGCACAUGCACCAAGCCUUCUGCUGUACAUCAACACCUACUUUCAUGAAUACUUGGCUGUGAUUCUCUCAAAAAAUGGAAGUUUACAGGUCCGAUACAGGCUGAGUAAAGACGGACUCCUCAUUUUCACCAUUGACUCUGGAAAUUUUGCCAAUCGAGAAAUGCACCAUGUGAAGAUCAACAGAGAAGGAAAGGAGCUUGUCAUCCAGGUGGAUCAAGUUCUCAAAGUCAAGCACAACUUCUCGGAGAUUGACUUCAGGGCCAUCAAAUCACUCAGCUUGGGCAAGGUCACCGAUAGUCUGGGACUCGAUUCUGACAUCUCAAAGGCAAACUCCUAUGGCUUUAUUGGAUGCCUGUCAUCUGUCCGGUACAAUCAUAUAGCUCCCCUGAAGGCCGCCUUGAGACAUCCCAGCGUCGCUCCUGUGACUGUCAAGGGCACCUUGACUGAAUCCAGUUGUAGAUCCAUAAUAGAGGCUGAUGUGAACACAGUCACGACAGUAUACUCUUCAUCAGAUCCCUUUGGGAAGACAGAUGAGAGGGAACCACUUACCAAUGCAGUCAGAAGUGACUCUGCUGUGAUUGGAGGUGUAAUAGCAGUAGUGAUAUUCAUCAUCUUUUGCAUCGUUGCCAUCAUGAGUCGAUUCCUCUACCAGCACAAACAGACGCAUCGAAGUAACCAGGCAAAAGAGAAAGAGUACCCAGAAAACCUUGACCGCUCCUUUAAGACUGAUAUUGACUUGCAGAAUACAGUGAGCGAGUGCAAACGGGAAUAUUUCAUCUGAUGGACUCUCCCGAUCCUUUGACACAUUUUCCUCCCCUGUCCCUCUUUUCUUUCUGUCUUUCCUUCUUUCUUUUUUUUUUAAAACACGCUCAUUUCUGCAAGCUUUAUUUCUUACGGAAAGAGACCACCCUGCACAGGAGAGAUUGGCAGCAACGACAGUGCCUCGUUCUCCUCACAAAAACCUGUCACAGUUGCACUUAAACUCAAGAGACCUGCUGUUCUACUCUAGACAGAAUAAGAUCCACAUGUACGCAUGGUUGCCUGUUUUAAAUUCCUGGAUUUCUCAAGUCUUAUGUUGGGGUUGUUGGUUUUUUGUUGGGUUUUUUUUGAGCCAUUUCCUCCAUCACUUUGCAUCUGACCUGAGCGAUAUAAACUAGAGGUCAAGUAGCUAAAUAAGUAGCACUACAGCUAUUGGGGUAGGGUAGAGGGAACGAACGAGAACAUUUCCAGGUGCAUUUCUACCAGUCAUAAAGCACCAGCUAUAUCUUCAACAGAUAUAAAUUGACAUAACUCCAUGGAUUCCAGUAGUGUUAUGACAAUUUAUACCAGCUGAGGGUCUGGAAUGGCAUUAAAAGCAUUGUUUUCUUUCUCUUUAGGCUACUUCCCCUACCCUGCUGUCCUUUUACUGUAACUUUAAGGCUUAAAAAUGUUUUAAAAAUAGGAAUAUGGAUAACACCCUUGGCCAGAAUGCCAUUCCAGUGCACCUUGUACACCACUGUUUCAUAAGGCUGGCUAUUUCGAACCAGCGUACUCUAGCAUAAAUUUAGAUGAAGCAUGGAAAAUUGUAGCUUGACUCUUCAAGGGUUUUAGGAAGCUGCUAGAAGUUAGGUGCUCUAUAAAUUUCUCUGACUCGUCUGUAACUUUAGAAGUACAGCAUACACCAGUUAACAUUAUAUAGAGGGUGAUCAUGUAUUGAAGUCAACCAUUUAACCUAUUGGGGCAAAACACAACCAAAUUAAGAAGGAAACUAACAGCACUCCAAUCAUCUGACCUAAAUCGUGCUGAUUUCUGGUUAAGAAGCCAGCCCAAACUGUUAUUAAAUUGCUUUAAAAACUGCAUGAUAGAAAGGACAGUGGUUCCUGUCUGUAGAAACCAAGAUGUUUGCCCCAAAGCUAUGUUUAAGGAAAAGGCUUGAAGUGGCUUCUAUAAAGCCACUUUAGCAAACUCACAAGGAAAAGUCUUAAGGGAACGUGUCAAAAGGUCUGAAUUUUGAUUGAUUGAUUUUCUUCUCUCUUGUUUUCCAAAGAUUUCUUUUCUAUCCUGUUAGGGAUACUGGGCAAAACAAAUCGUCAGGGCUCCAUUAUGGCCAGCUUUACUCUUCCUCAGUGCGUGCAUCUACACAUGCAGUUUAAUGUGUAUUAGCCUAUUUUUAUUUUCAUUAGUGUCACAAAUGCUGUGCUCUUUAGCUAAUGUACAUUAAAAUAGGCUAAUGCAUAUUUUUUCUAGUACCUCACAAUGGAGGUACUAUAUUUAAUGCACGUUACAUAAAAUGCAUUAAUUGAAUGUGUAGAUGCUCCUGAUGCCUAAGCAUGGUGUUAAAUCCCUACGUUGCUUGCAUAAUGUGACAAGGGAAAAUGCUGCACCUGCAGAAGUAUUUUGUUUUUGCUUGCUCAUUUGUUUUUCUAAACCCAGCAUCCAUUUGCAUGGUGCCCACACUUCCUUUAUUAUUGCUAAGAGACAGUGACAGUGUGAUUGGAGCCUGAGGAACGCGUCAGUGGAAAGUUCUGCUCCAAUCCUCACAUAAAAUGGGAAUCUUCCUCUUGUCGUCUUUGAGCUUUGGAGAAGACUCAAAAGAUUCAACCCCAUGCGAGGAUCUAUUCCCGCUAAGUCGCAAACCAUUACCAAGCCACAUACAGUUUUCUUUAGGACCACAGGGAUUUAAACUCAUGAAAUGAGUAGGAUCAAAACUUAUGACAAAGAGUAGAUUGAAAUGUAGAUGCACAAAGCAUUUGGGCUAAGUAUGGACAGUCAAAAAGUGCAAGGCUGAAUUGAUUCAGUCUUUGUGGGUUAGUCUAAACUGUGUAGACUGAACCGAUAAGCAAGUGAACAGACAUUCACUUUUCAUUCCAGAAAUGCAGCCACAUGCCUGCAGUGGCCCAGGGCAGAAGCUGGAGGGUGCUAGAGCAUGCCUCCCUGCUCAGCUGGAGCAGACAAUGUGGGCCAAAGCUAGCCUACCAACCCUGUAAGGGGGCGACUAGCAGGGGAGGGACAAAGCAUCCUGGGAUGCUCGGGGACUGUGACUGAACUUUAAUCUGGAGGGGAUUUGGGACAGUAGUUCAAUAAACUCACUGAAACUAAAUCAGUUAAGUCUGAUACUGUAUCCAUCCAGGUUUAUCUUAAACCUGUUUUGGCCUAUUUGAAAGUGGUUUAUGUGCAGCGAACUUCUGUUGUGUUACAGAUUUGAACCAAUUUCUGAUCACUUAUACCGGUUUAUGUGUAACUUCUGUCCCUAGCCUAGGAGGCUGGAACUUGCACAGAUCACAUAGAUGUGCAGUAGGGUUUUUUGGGAGGGAUAAAACCAUUUUAUUAAUGCCCCUUAGCUUAAUGAUGCUUUAUGAUUAUCCUCAGAGAAGAAGUUAGGUUAGAGAAGGAAUGUGAGACCCUUUUGGCUUGAUAUUCAACUCUCUAAAUUGCACUGUAAUCAUCUUUGGCUGGCUGGCUAUCCUUUGAGGUGAGAGUUAAAAUUAAAACCUGGCCAACACAAUGAACAGCAGAUUGACCCAUCUGCUUUACAGUGUGGGACCAUUUCAAAGUAGUGAUGAGGCUACUUUUCCCCAUUCCUGACAGCAGCGGCUAUCAUGUCUUAUGGUGGCUGUUUGUAUAAUGCUUGAAUAUUCAAGAUUCCCUUUGCAUUUCAUAACUCAUAAUGACCUGUUCAUUAACUGCAUCCCUUCUUGAAACUUAAUUUUUCUACCAAGAAGAUCCUUGGCAAAUGGCUUCUCUCAUAGAUAAAGUAUUUUUUUGUAGAGAAAAACAAACAGGAACAAAUUGUGUUUUUCUGUUUCUCUGGACUCCAGAUUUCCCCUCAUUAUUUUCAGCAAGAUUUUGUCCCAGUCAUCUCAUUUAAAUGAUCUUAGCAAGAGGGUGCUUUUAAUUUAUAACAUGGUUAAUUGCUUCUGUGAAGAAUAAUGGAGAGAGGAGGAGGACAUCCACAUGUUAGUCAGAUAAAUUAUUUUUCCCACAAAUUACUGUACUGUGCAUUUUUUCCUGGUCAACACAACGGAUAUAAAUCAUCCUUGUGCUCUGCUACAUUCUCUUUUUCUUUUCAUGACAUAAAAGUCACAAGGAAAUGUAGUGAGCCUAGCCCCAAGCAGACCCAGUGAUAAAAUGGAUGGGAAAGGGAAAGUUUGAGUAAUAAAGCAAAAUCAUCUCAUUAUUCAAGUCUCUGAGAAGACAUGUCUAUUUUUCCUGUCCUAGAAUUGGGACCUAUAACAUGCUGAUCAUAUUCAACUAAGAUCAAGAUGAGGGGCAUUUCUGGCACUGUAUGCACACACAUUCAUUUACACACCUUGCACCCUCAUGUAUGUAUAAUAUACACACCAGUUUCAUGACAAUUUGGCAGGAGUAUUGCAAUACAGGAUGCAUGUGUAUAUUUAUGGAAUUGCAAAGGGAAAGAACCAGUGAGUCCCCAUCUCAGCACAGGAUGCAAGGCUAUUUGUACCUAGUAAACAUUGCUAGCCCAAGAUAUUUAUCUGUGUGAGUAGAUUUAUAUGCAUAUAAGCCCAGACUCAGAAAUGUAAUCUCCUGUUUUUGACUUCAAUAACAUUAUUUAAAUGCUUAAAGUUAGAGACAUGCUUAAGUACUUUGCUGGAUCGUGACCUUAAUCAGCAUCAAAACAUGUUAGUUGUGUUGGUUUGUAUUUAUUAUUUUAUUUGUGGGGUUUAUGUUGUUCAUAGGAUCGUAAAAAAGUAGGGCUGGAAGGGACCUCAUAAGGUUAUCUAGUCCAACCACCUUGUUCAACCCCUAAUGAAACCAUUCCACACAAGUGUCUGUCCAACCUGCUCUUGAGAUUUUCCAAGGAUGGAGGUUGCACAACUUCUCUAGACAGCCUGUUAUGAUGCUUGACCAUCCUCAUAGUCAGAAAGUUCCUCCUGAUCUUCAGCCUAAAUUUAUCUUGCUAUAGCUUGAGGCCGUUGCUCCUAGACCUGUCCCCUACAGCCACCAAUAAAAAUUUAUCUCCAGCCUCUCUAUAAUUGCCCUUCAGGUAUUUGAAGACUACUAUCAAAUCUCCCCCUCAGUCUUCUCUUCUCCAGACUAAAUAACUCUAGUUCUUUCAGUCUUUCCCUAUAAGUCUUUACCUUGAUCACUUUCCCUGAUUUGCAGGUGACACGGUUAUCAAUACAACCCAGGAUGCUGUUGACUUUUUUGAACUCUGUUGGCUCAUGUUCAUCAUAUAGUCCACUGUAAUCCCCAGAUCCUUCUCUGCAGUGUUGCAGUCUAGCCAUUCAUUCCCUAGUCUGUAUUUGCACAAGCAAUUAUUCUAUCCCAGAUUCAACAUGACAAAUUUUAAAUUUUGCAUCUCAUCUGAUUGAUUGCAGACCAUUUUCCCAGUCUAUCCAGGUUGUUCUCAAUCCUAGCCCUACCCUGCUGGGUGUCUGCAACUCCACCCACCUUGGUGCCACCUGCAAAUGCGCUAAGCACACACUCAAUUCCAUCAUCCAAAUUAUAAAUAAGGAUAUUAAACAAUAUCAUAGGACAGACCCCUGGGGAAUUCCACUUGAUACUUCCUCCCAACUACAUAUUGAGCCACUGACUACUCAUUGAGCAUAAUGAUCCAACCAGUUACGCAUCCACAUUACAAUAUUUUUGCCUCAUCUGUGUUUCCUUAGCUUGCUAAUGAGUAUGUCGCAGGAAACAGUAUCAAAAGCUUUUGUAAAGUUCAGGCACAUCACAUCCACUGCUCUACACCCACCCGUACAGCCUAUCGAAAUCAGGUUGGUCAGGCAUGACUUGUUCUUGGUGAACCCAUGCUGGCUGCUCUUUAUCAUCUUGUUGUCCUCUAUCUUUCACAGAAGAUUCCUUGAGGACCUGUUGCUGCUGGUUUGCUUUUGUUUGCUUGUUUUCAAUUUUUUUUAAAUCCAAUUAGUUUGCUUAUUAUCUUCGUUUAACCUUAUGAUAAAGGACAGAUAAAUAGGCCCAGGUAGUCAUAUAAGGCAGGGUGGAACCUCAGGAAGUCAUCUAGCAUAUUCACCCACUCCGAGGCAGGAUCAUGUCUGAUGUUUAUCUAACCGGUCCUUGAAAACGUGCAAUGAUGCGAAUACCCAAACCUCCCUCGGUAGUCUACACCAGUUCCUCUCCAAUCAAAAUCCCUCUUGCUGCCAUUUAUUCCCAUUACUUUUUGUCUUUUCCUGAGGGGACAUGGAAAACAAUUUAUAACCCACCUCUUCAGGAACGUGUUACAUAUUUAAAGAUCAUCUCAGCCCCCCCCCCCCCACUUCCCUUUUCUUUUUUUUCCCCUAAAUUAAACAAGGGCAGUUCUUUUAGUCUUUCCUCAUGAAUCACGUUUUCUAGACUCCACUCAUCUUUGUUCUUCUCAUCUCUGGACUUUCUCCAAUUGGCCCACAUCUUCCUAAGUUCAGUGCCCAAAAUUGGACAUAGUGACUCUAGCUGAGGUCUUAGUACUGCUUAGCAUGACGACAUAGCGAUCAGGUGGACCUAUACAUGAUCAAUAGCUACGGCAAUAUAGUGGUGUUUCCCCCCGGUAUAGCACACCGCUAUGAUGACGUAGCAGCAAAAUCUAACCAUGUACCACAUGCACAGUGCAGUAACCGCUCAUACUGCACCAUGCUUGAGUACUUCUAACAGGAGUAAUAAAGCAUAUGGCCAUGUGUAGACAUGCCUUUAGAUACUUUUUUUUAUAACAAUGUGACAUUUCUUUAAAUUCAUUUUCAGUUUUUUAUCCACAAAAACACCUAGAUCCUUUUCUGUAGAACUGCUGUUAGCUAGUCAUCUUCCAUUUUGCAUUUGCACAGUUAAGUGUUCCUACCUUAGUGCAUUUUGUACUUGUCCUUAUUGAACUGCACCCUAUUAAUUUCUGACCAGUUCUCCAAUUUGUCAAGAAUGUGUUUAGUUCAUGUAGGACUAUAUAAUGCUUGAUACCUAUAUUUGUACAUAUAGAUCUAAUUAAUAUAAAACAUAUACUACUACACCUAAAGACCCCUGCUUAGGAAAGUUGACACAUUUUUGUAUGCACUAUACACUCAAAAUUAUAUUUUGUACAUUAUGGUAUUAUAUUCUUUUAAAAAGAAACAAGUUAAAAGACACAUUUCAAAUCCCCAGAAAAUCAAAAUAUGCUUCAUCAAAUAUAAGAGGCAAACUUCACAGUUAAUUCCCCCCUUUUCUUGCUUUAGAUGCGUCUUCCUUCCUUGCAGUUAGCAUCCACUUUACUAAUAUGUCAAUCAGAGCUGGUCAAAAAGUGGGGGAGUAAUUUUGUAAACCCUUUUAAAAAAAUGUUCCCAUUGUUCAGGGUUCAAGAUAGACCUAUUUUCCAUUCAUCACAAGAGUUUUUCUGCUUUUCCCAAACUGUUAUGAAAAAAAUGGUUUUUCAUUGUUUUAUUUACCCAAACAGGAAUUUUCAGUAGUAAACCACAUCUUUUGUGAAUAAAAACAUACCUUUUUAAGAAUAUUGAUUUAAAAAAAAAAUCACAGAUGGUUUUUUGGAAACUACUACCCUGGUCACAUUUUUUUAAAGAAAAAAAUUGUGAUUUAGAAAAAGACAAUAUUCAGCAACAACAAUAACAACAUCACCCAGGUUGUAUACCCGGACUGGGCUAAUUGAAUCUGUGGCCAAAACGUUCACCACCAAGUGAACAAUGAAGCAUCUAGUCAGCCUUUCAGUCCACACUUCCACAUACCUCCAAACUCUGUUCUUAUCUGGACUCCCUUACUGGAAAGGUAUGCUGCUGCCCACCUUAAAUGGCAGCCCACACUCCCUCCUGCUCCUCCAGAAAGGAUGCUGUAUCACAGGAAGUAUGAGUGCUUUAAAACUUAAAACAAAAACAGUGGUGAAGGUCACCAUUCAAAAACAUCAUAUUGAAGCAACUCAUCUCUUCCUAAAAACACUCUCCCUUUAUUUUGUACAAAGAUGUUUAACCCUUCUCCGAAGGAUUAAUUAGAUUCUGAUCUUGGGCAGGGCAAUGAGCAUCCUUCUGUCAUAGAUGAAGUGAGCUCAAAUCCCAUUUUGAAGACAUUGGCCAGGGUCUCAAAUCUUAAUUCAGCCAAAACAUCCCCAUUGAUUUCAAUGAUAUGUUGCAACUGGGAGAAAAGGGUGGCUUCCCCUUUCAUCUCAUGGAUUUAUUUUUAGGACAGUCACCUGGGAGAUAGGAGACCCAAGUCCCAAUCCCUCCUACAAAUUGGGAAGGGAAUGAGUAACCAUGGCCUGGAAGACCAUAUCCUAGGCAAGUGUUUGAACCAUUGAGAGACUGGGUGUAAGGCAAAAGGCACCACAACCACCAUCUCCUCUGCUUAAUGAUUGUUUUUGCAUGACUAUGACUACAGGUCUUGCAGAUAAAAUAGGCAAAGUAACAUCUCCUCAAUGGCCCCAGAUGCAGUUGAGAUGUGACGCAAGGUUUUGUGCAGCUUUAGCAUCUGGAUUUGAUGUGGUUUUAUGCAUCGCCUCUGGGAGACAUUUAGGCAUUUGAGGGGAAGUUGCUGGUGAAAAGCUUAGCAUAGACAGCAUCAUCUGGGCAGAAGUUUUUUUGUUUGUUUGGGAUUUUUGGUUUUUAGAACAUCAGGUUUCCAAAUCAGUUAAGUAGGGCUAAAUACACAGAGGACUUAGCCACUGAGUCCCAUUUUGAGAAGUGACUUAAUUAUUAAGGACCUUGGUUUUAAAGAUCUUGAAGCACAGAAGAUGCAGAUAGAUAUGUAAAGGGCUUGUCAAAAGUGUGUGGGCAACUCACUUUUAUUUAUAUUUUGUUUUAUUUGCGUUUAUAUCCCUCUUGAAAUUGGUACUAUUUUGUAGGACUGACACCAGUGUAACUGGGUUAACAUGUCUGCACCCCCUCCUCUCCCCCCCGCCCCCAAUUCCUUUUAGGAACCUGUGUCAUAUUGAUUUUCAAAGUUAUUUAGGUGCCAGACAAUAUAGAUCAAUGCCUACUAGGGUUUUCAGAAAUGCCCAAAAUGAGACAACAAACUCUGAAUGAUUUUACUGGAAGUUAUGCAGCUAAACUGGCUGGGAGGUGCCUUUGAGAGUCCCUGUGGAUAUCUGUGUGAAUCUUGGGUACUCCCAUACCUUUGAAAUUUUGGCCCAAAGUUACUUCCAAAACGAUCUUAGUCAGAUGGGGGAUUUCGAACAUUUCAUCUGCUACAUUAAAACCAUAUAAAAUGGAUCAAAAGAAGCCCUAAAUUGAAUAGAAUAUAUCAAAAGUACAUGGGACCUCACAGGAAAGACACAGCAGUUUAUAGUAUAGAGGCAAGUGUGAGUGUUGCACCGGGCACCGGGCGGCUUAGAUUAAGCUAAUGAAAGUGUAUAUUGAAUGUGACAUCUCCAGAUGCAAGAAUUGCUGUGUUGCUUUCUCUUUGUUUUUACAUGAAAAUUCAAUCUUCUUUUCAUUAGAGCUAAAAGGGCUGGAUUUUUUAAAAUAUAAUUCAGAAAGUUACGCUUCUUUUUCUUGGCCAUAGAGGGUAUGUCUACACCUAGAGAUACAGUGUGUUGUGAACUUGAGUGGGUGUAACGACUAGUCACUGGGAUAGCAAAUGUCAAACAAAACUGCAGUUAAGACAAAGUAAUUUGAGUUUUAAAUUGGAUUAUGAGUUUGAGUUUAACCCCAGACACAUCUCUUAGCUUGAGUUCUGGCAGCACAUCCAAAUUUACGUCCACAUUGUUUUCCCUUCAUUGUUACUGUCAACCAAGUUCAGAAAACUGCUGUUUUUGCAGUGUAGACAUGCCUUAGUUUAGUUAGAUGUUUAGGUUUGUUAAUGUGUAGAUUCUGCCUUAUAAACACCCCUCUUGGGUAUCUAACGUGUGGCUCAGUCUUCUCCUGGUAAAGUCAUUGGGAGCAUGGAUAUUUAGUCUUACUGGGCAUCAAACUAAUGCUUGAAAAUUGCCGUCAUUUUACACCUUUUUGUUUGCUUCUUUCUUCCCUGGUUGCAUCAAAUGACCAGUCUUCAGAUCAAAGCCUCCUUUCCCCUCCACCAAUGCCGGCAGAUGGAGGGAAGUGAUUAUUCCUCUCUAUUCAAUAGUGGUGAGGCCACAUCUGGAGUACCGUGUCCAGUAUGCCUGCCCUCCCAACCCCUACAGAAAUUGGGGAGAGUCCAGCAGAGAGCAAUGAAAGUGGUUUUGGGGCUGAGGCACAUGACUUGUGAGGAGAGACUGAAGGAACUGGGCUGAUUUAGUCUGAAGAAGAGAAGACCAAGGGGCAUUGAAUAGCAACCUUCAGCUCCCUGCAGGGGGGUUGCAAAGAGCAUGGAGCUCUGGGCUGUUCUCAGUGGGAGCAGAUGGCAGGACAAGGAGCAAUUGGGUUCAAGUUGCAGCAAAGGAAGUUUGGGUUAGACUACCCUCACGAGGUGGGUAAUAAAGCACUGGAAGGGGUUAACCAGAGAGGUGGUGGAGUCUCCAUUCUUAGAGGUUUUUAAGCCCUGGCUAGACAAAGCCCUGGCUGGGUUGAUGUCAUUGGGGCUGGUCCUGCUUUGGGCCGGAGGUUGGACUAGAUGUGACCCCUGAGACCCCUUCCGACCCUCAUUCUCUAUGAUUCUACAAAACCUGUAAUAACCUUCUUGAAGUCAGUACUGUUUUGUAGGACUGCCACCAGUAUAACGGGGUUAACAUGCAUCCCCCCGCCCCUGCUUGCCCUUUUUGCAUCCAUCUUUUAUUCCCAGUGCUGUCUGAGAUGCAUCAAUAUUAACUUAGAUAAAACUUCCUAGGGUUGCUAUGCCAUGCAAGCUAACUUCAUGCAGAGAUGCCUCAUGCCCUUUGUUCUUAUUCGAGCUCUUAAAGCAAGUUUAUAACAAAGCUAUAAGGCUUAAAUCUGUGGUUCAUUUCAUUUCGUUUUGGGCUUUCUUGUGUUUUCUUGAAGCCAAUGACAAGAACUCAGACACCCAAUGCAGUCUGCGUGUCCUCUCUCCUGUGUAUGUUUGAUACGUGAAGUUCUAAACAUACUUUUCUUUCAAGCUGGGAAAUAUCAUGGGAAAUAUCAGGCUGGAAGGCAGGGUGGCUUCCCUCCCCGCCCCACCCCCACGUCCUCCCUUCUGCUCAGUUGGAGCCAUGCCUAUAGGAGUUUUAAUAGUUCUAUGUAUUGGUAUUUAUUUUUGUGAGCUUUUGCACUAAAUUAUUCUGAGAACAAAAACAACAAAAAAGCACACUUUCUGGUGAACUAUUGUAAUUUGUAAGCUCGUCGUUCGUCUUUUGUAAUGUACUAAGUCUACAAAGUGGCCACAAGCAGAGCUAAGGAAGGAUUAAGGCAACAUUUUGCUUUGAUGUUCUCACUACACAUCCACUUUGGGGAUUUUUUGGGGGUGGGAGGGUGCUUUGGUUUGCUUUCUUUUAUUGCUACUUUGUUGAUAUUUGGGGAACUCAAAUCAGGAGGGUGGAAAGUAAGGGGAAUAUUGUUUAGGGAACCAGUAAUGAAAUCAGUAUGUCUUUUUGCCAAGGGCCGGCACUUUGUUCCUUGCUAAAUAAGACACACGUACAUGGUGUUGUAAAUCAGGGUCUCUCAGCUGAAGUCAUUGAAGAUGUGCCACAUCCCCAAUGAACUUACAGUCUAUACAGACAAUAAGUGAUCAAGAUAAUGGUGUUGACUUAGCCAUGUUUCUGCAUGGCUUUCAUGCCCUGCCCACUCACUCUUGCUCCAGGGAUGCCAAUUCCCCAAACUGAGCCAUUGGGGGCACCUUAAGAUAGUGCUGAGUAUGUGCCCAGCACCACUUUUACACAAUCCACUGUGCUUUUGGCAUAUGCUCAGGGCCAGCUUAUGGGACCUCAUCCCUGGGAUUCAGCCCAUGUGAAGCUGAAGUACGUGGGCAAUGAAUGGUCCAGGGUCAUGCUCACAGGUGCAUGAAGAUGAUGUGUAGACACUCCUCUGGAGGGUCUCCUCUGUAUUUUAUUUCUCUCUUUUAUUUCCCUCACUUAGGGGUGGUGGCUGUUCCUGUUCACAUACUCAGAACAGCUGCUUCCUACUGUGCUAAUCAUUGCCCUUUGGGCUGUACUUAACAUCACGUUCCUACAGGGUUUCCAUUCAGUGCCAAUGAUAUUCUGCAUGGGAAAUGAUUUUCUUACAUCUGCAUGCCAGCUUUAGACCUUUCGCCCCUUCCUGCUUGCAUCAUUAAGGCAAGAAAUUUUCAGAUGUACUUUUUGUCAUUGCACACCUGCCAUACAUUAAAGGGGUCUUGUCUCUAUCGAGGUGAAGUAUAGACAAAAACAAUAGCAGCCACUCAUACAGCUCAAGAUGCAGUGAGUUAAUCAGGCACCCAAGCUCCUUCCAUUAACAUUCAGAGUUAAAACCAACAAACAGGCUUGUUGAUUCAGGCAUCCAGCCACACACGGUUGCCUCUGAGAGUCUUGCAAUGAAUUAUUCAUAUAGUCUCUUUUAUCUCAAUGAUAGCAAGAGACCAAGCUUCAUAUUCACUUCCUGUCUUGAAAUCUGCGUGGAACCCACCAAGCUAGAUGCACUCCUGAUGCUAAGUUUGCUGAAGUCAAUUGAGCUCCAUAGGGAUGAAUUUGCCUUGUGAUUUAGUCUCUGAUAGCCCAUGGCAAGGGUAAUGCUGGAUUUCUUUGAGGUGGUCCUGACAACUGCGAGUUCAAGUCAAGACCUUACAUUUCUCAAUCAUGACUAUGGCCAACAUUAGCUGCAUUCGGUGCAAUAGGACAUUGCUCCUAAGGGCAUUGGGGGUGAAAUUCUCAACAAUUAGUGAAAUACACAGAACGUAUAACCCCCUUGAAGCCCUUUACGUAGAUUUUAAACUGCCUUUGGGAAUUUGUGGAGGCUCAGGCCUGAUCCAAAAUGUAUAGACAUCUGUGGGAGUUUGUCUUUGUGUUUCAUGGGAUUCAGUCCCCGAGGGUGCUGUGGUGAAUUGCAUCUUACAUGGAAAAUGAAUCCACACUGAACAGGAAAACUUCCUUCUUUGGUAAGACAAAGAGCGGCCAAGCAAAGGAAAAGUGGUUAUAUAUGUCAGAAGUUAUAUUAAUGGGUUUUUCUAGAUAGAUAUGGAGCCAUCCUCAUUCUUUUUUUUUUUUCUUUGCUCUACUCAAAUGAUACCAAAAUCCUUUGAAAUGAUGGUCAGUUUAAAUAGCAAGGCAAGAAAGGUCUAUUAAGAGUAAUUCAAGAGUCUCUGAGUUACAGUAAAAAGAAAAAAGAGGAGGUCUAGUUUCCCCCUUCCACUGUUUGGUUUUCUAAAGACAAUGCCACAGGACGUUGCCUCAGUCCAAGACAGUUUUGUAGACCAUGUAACAUGUCUUAAUACACUGUAUGGGGAAUUUAAAAAAAAGAUAGCCUUAGCUUCUUUUGUUUUUAUGGUUACUGUUGUACAGAAGAAAGACUUAAACUGUAAAUAAUGUAUAUUUAAUAAAAAAAAAGAGCUUUUUGUAUGAUUUUGUGUGGAAGACAA